AUGCCACGCAGAAAAGCUGUUGUUAGUCCCAAGUUGAGCGCCAAGAAACGGAAGACAUGGGAUGUAGACCAUAUGAAAAGGGCUGUUCAAGCGGUAAGAGAAAAAACUAUGGGUACUCUAAAGGCAGCUAAAACUUAUGGCGUUCCAAGAACUACAGUGCAGCGAUUGGCCAAAAUGGACCAUCUUAGCGUGGAGGAGGCUGUUCAGAUCAAAUUAGGGCGAGGUACAGUUUUGACUCCAGAAUUGGAAGAAUCAUUAGUUCGCUAUAUUCUUGAAAUGGAAGCCAAGUUCUAUGGUUUAACCCUCAAAGACGUUAAACGUAUGGCAUUUUACUUAGCAGAAGAAAACGGCAUAGGGCAUCCUUUUGGGAAUACACAAACAGCAGGAAGGGGCUGGUUAGAUCUAUUUUUGCAAAGACACAAAAUUUUGUCGGUUAGAAAACCUACUGGGACAUCAUUUGCACGUGCCAAAGGGUUCAACAAAGAGAGUGUGGACAACUUCUUUACACUUUUGGAGAAAGCAUAUGAAGACCACAAUUUCCCAGCUAAUCGCGUCUUUAAUGUAGAUGAGACUGGUCUAACUGUUGUGCAAAAUAAAGUGGCUGAAGUGGUUGGUCGUAAGGGCAAAAAACAAAUUGCAUCUUUAACAUCAUUAGAAAGGGGGUCUUUAAUCACUCUGAUUACCUGCAUGAAUGCAGGGGGAGACUUCGUUCCACCGAUGCUCAUAUUUCCUAGAAAAAAUAUGAAUGUGCAAUUAAUGAAAGGCACUCCUCCAGGAUCAAUAUCAUCAGUUCACCCAAGUGGAUGGGUUCAGGCCUCAUUAUUCGCCCAGUGGUUCGAACAUUUCAUCAACACGGUAAAACCAACUGCAUCUUCACCUGUUCUUCUAAUUUUAGAUGGACAUUAUAGUCAUACCCGUAAUUUAGAGGUUGUUAUUAUGGCGAGAGAAAAUCAUGUUUGCAUAAUCUCAUUACCCCCUCAUUCAACACAUAAAUUGCAACCUCUUGACAAAACUUUCAUGGGUACAUUAAAAUCUUACUACAGCGAAGAGAUUAGACAAUGGAUUCGUCAUAAUCAUCGUCCAUUAACCCAAUAUGAUAUGGGCGAACUUUUGGGAAGGGCUUAUCUCAAAAGUCAGACUGGAGAAAUCGCCGUAAAAGGAUUCCGCGUUACUGUAAUUUUUCCGAUUAACAGGAAUAUUUUUUCCGAAGUGGACUUUCUUGCAGCCGAAAUAGAAAAAGGAACAGAACACUGUACCGCUGAAAAUGACUUCGAUCAGAGCACACUGGGCACAUCUCAAUCAGAUCUAGAGCCUCCUAGUCUAGACGACGUUCAACCCGGGCCAAGUGGUAAAUUUCAAUCUGAUGUAGAGCUACUCAAUCACGACAGCGUUCAGCCUGGACCAUCUGGGAUCAAAAAAAAAAUGGUGACUCCCUUCGAUAUUUCACCAGUUCCGAUCUUAAAAAAAAACAAGGGUAGGAAAGCAUCACAAGCAGCAGUAAUUACUUCGUCCCCUUACAAAGAUGAAUUAUUGUUGAGCACUGCCAAUAAAAAUAAACAAAAGAUUAAAUGUAUUAAAAAAAAGGUGUUUUCUCAAUCAACCAAAAAGAGAUCGUCCAUAUCUUCGAAGGAGAAUAAAAAGCAGCAAUCUUUAGGAGAAUCUGAAAGUGAUGACGAUGAAACAGAGCUGAUGUUAACAGAUGAUGACUUAGAUUUGGAUGAUCUGCCUGGACAAAAGGAACCAGAUGAUUUAGAUGCGGAAUGCAUCUUUUGUGAAAGUAAAUUUUCCGAAGAUCGCAAAGGAGAACUAUGGGUUCAAUGUUUAAUGUGCAAUAUGUGGUGUCAUGUCGAUUGUGCAGGUGCUGAUAAAGAUGAUUAUGUUUGUGACUUUUGUCGCACUGGAUAA